CCUCCCUGUCCCCUCGACAGGUGGCCGACAUGGAGGAGCUGACCAUCUGGGAGCAGCACACGGCCACGCUCUCCAAGGAUCCCCGCCGGGGCUUCGGCAUCGCCAUCUCGGGAGGCCGAGACCGCCCCAGCGGCUCCGUGGUGGUGUCUGACGUGGUGCCCGGAGGCCCGGCGGAAGGCCGGCUGCAGACGGGGGACCACAUUGUCAUGGUGAAUGGAGUCUCCGUGGAGAAUGUCACCUCCACCUUUGCCAUCCAGAUACUCAAGACCUGCACCAAGAUGGCCAACAUCGUGCUCAUGCGGCCCGUGAAGUCGGUGCUGGUGAGGAGGACAGACAGCGAAGAGUUCGGUGUCAAACUGGGCAGUCAGAUCUUCAUCAAACACAUCUCGGACUCAGGCCUGGCUGCCCGGAGCCGCGGGUUGCAGGAGGGAGACCUCGUCCUGCAGAUCAACGGGGUGUCCAGUGAGAACCUGUCACUGAGUGACACCCGGCGACUGAUUGAGAAGUCGGAGGGCAGGCUGACGCUGCUGGUGCUGCGUGAUCACAGACAGUUCCUGGUGAACAUCCCGCCGGCCGUCAGUGACAGCGACAGCUCCCUCCUGGAGGACAUCUCGGACCUCAACUCAGAGCUGUCCCAGGCGCCACCGUCACACAUCCCGCCGCCUCCCCGGCAUGGGCGGCAGAGCCCGGAGGCCAGCCAAUCCGACUCCCCUGGGAGGAGCCCCCAGCUUGGGUGGAGAAGGUCAGUGGAUUCCAGAAGCUUCUCCGAGACGGACUCGCCCAGAGACAGCAGCUCCGAGGUCCACAGGGUGCCCAGCACACAGAGCCUGGAGGACCGAGGGUACAGCCCCGACACGCGGGUGGUACGCUUCCCCAAGGGCGCGAGCAUUGGGCUGCGGCUGGCCGGAGGCAAUGACGUGGGCAUCUUCGUGUCGGGCGUGCAGGCGGGCAGCCCGGCCGAGGGGCAGGGCAUCGAGGAGGGCGAUCAGAUCCUGCAGGUGAACGACGUGCCGUUCCGGAACCUCACGCGGGAGGAGGCCGUGCAGUUCCUGCUGGGGCUGCCGCCGGGCGAGGACGUGGAGCUGGUGACGCAGCGGAAGCAGGACAUCUUCCAGAAGAUGGUGCGGUCCCGCCUGGGCGACUCCUUCUACAUCCGCACGCACUUCGAGCUGGAGCCGAGCCCUCCGUCCGGCCUGGGCUUCACCCGCGGCGACGUCUUCCACGUGCUGGACACGCUGUACCCGGGCCCCGGGCCCAGCCACGCGCGCGGAGGCUACUGGCUGGGGGGCCGCAUGGGCCGAGACCUGCGGGAACAGGAGCGGGGUGUCAUCCCCAGCCAGAGCAGGGCGGAGCAGCUGGCCAGCCUGGAGGCCGUGCAGCGGGCCUUGGGGACCGGGCCCGGCUCCUCCUCAGUCUCCAGCGCCCGGGCUGAGUUCUGGCGGCUGCGGGGUCUCCGUCGAGGGGCCAAGAAGACCACCCAGCGGAGCCGCGAGGACCUGUCAGCUCUGACUAAACAGGGUCACUACCCACCCUACGAGCGAGUGGUGCUUCGAGAAGCCAGCUUCAGGCGCCCGGUGGUCAUCCUGGGACCCGUGGCCGACAUCGCUAUGCAGAAGCUGACGGCCGAGAUGCCCGACCAGUUUGAGAUCGCAGGGCUCAGGGACAGGGAGCAUGUCAGAAUGGAUGUCACAGGCUUGUGGAACUUCCGUUUAGCGGUGGACAGCCACCGCCCCCAGCACCAGCGGCGACUGGACAGCAUGCGGACGUAUGAACAGGAGGCCUUGAAGAAGAAGUUUACACGAGCCCGAGAUGUAGAGUCCUCUGACGACGAUGGUUAUGACUGGGGCCCGGCCACUGACCUGUGA